AUGGUGCCCACUCCUUCCCGACGUCUCAUAGAUUGGCUUCGACUCCCUAAAGCACCAUCCUGGGGUUUCGUGAUUUACCGCACCACAUACAGCCCUCAAUCCUACCGCCAAUUUCCCCGAAUCAUCGAACUAACAAACUCCCUCAUAAAACGGGAAAUCCUCCACGAAUAUGCAACGUCUAAAGACUCCUAUGCCGGACCCCCCGAAGAACUCAAAAAUGGCUACCAGCUGAUCUGCGCCAAACACCGCCCCAUCAUCAUCGAAGACCGCACCCAGCUCAAUGGCAUCUCGCUCCACGGCGUGCGAUCCCACUACGAAUCCUGGAUCGACGACUACGCCAGCGGUAGAGGAAGAGAGAACUAUAACUGGGGCUACUCUACGCAGCGCCACGUGUGUCUUGUCGUCGACGAGGAGGUGUGUCAGGCCUUAGAAAACGCUGAUACGAAACUCAUCAGAGAGGGCGCGGGGGAGUAUUUAAGAAAGUGGUGGGUGAAGGCCGUUGAGCCUUGGCCGGAGAUUGAUGAGUGGGAACGGGAGGCCACUGGCUUUGAUGGGACGAUGAAGGUCUCUGUUUUUUCGCUUUUUUUCUUGUGGACUGAUAUGGACGAUCCGUACCCGAUGUGGAUGAUGAGAAGGGAUGCGAAUGGGUUGUAUACUGGCUGA